CCAAAAUAGACGGCAGACCACCCUCCUGUCUUGCCUGCUCUGUAUCGGCGCUGUCUCCCUCUCUUUCUCUCUCUCCUCCUACUGGGGUUCGUCGCACAGUUCCAGUCCAGUGCGUCCCCAUCAGGAGUCCGCACUUUAGGACAGCGGAGCGCAGGGCCUUGAUAUAAUUCAAAAGAGGAAGAGGAAGAAGAGGAGAGGCAACACAACCGCAAGAAGGUCUCAAGGGAAGAGGGGUCUCCCCAAAACCUGAGUCAUGAGUCGCAGCAUCGUGCGGCAGAGUAAGUUUCGUCACGUCUUCGGCCAGGCGGUCAAGGCGGAGCAGGGUUACGAUGACAUUCGGGUUUCCAAGGUGACGUGGGACAGCUCGUUCUGCGCCGUCAACCCAAAGUUCUUGGCGGUCAUCGUUGAGUCCAGUGGUGGAGGAGCGUUUCUCGUCCUGCCCCUCUCGAAGACAGGCCGCGUGGAUAAGAACUACCCGCUGGUAAUUGGCCACUCUGGACCCAUCCUAGAUAUCGACUGGUGCCCUCAUAAUGAUAACAUCCUAGCCAGCUGUUCUGAAGACUGCACAGCAAUGGUUUGGCAGAUACCAGAUCACUCCCUAAUCCGUCCCCUUUCCGAUCCCGUCGUUGUGCUUGAGGGACACUCCAAACGAGUUGGCAUCGUCAGCUGGCACCCUACUGCACGCAACAUCCUCCUCACUGCCGGCAGUGACAAUCUCAUAAUAAUCUGGAACGUGGGCACAGGCGAACCUGUCAUUUCUAUGGACGACCACCCAGACCUCAUCUACAGCGUCAGCUGGAACCGCAAUGGCAGCUUGUUUUGCACCACCUGUAAAGAUCGACGCCUGCGUGUCUGUGACCCCCGAAAGAAGGAAGUGGUGGCGGAACGUCUGGCUCCACAUGAGGGCAUUCGACCAAUGAGAGCCAUUUUCAUCAGAGACGGAAACAUCUUCACCACCGGAUUCACCCGAAUGAGCCAGAGAGAGCUUGGCCUCUGGGACCCGACAAACUUUGAAGAGCCUAUAGCACUUUUGGAGCUGGACACAAGUAAUGGAGUGUUGUUACCGUAUUAUGAUGCAGAUGCAAACAUGGUCUACUUGUGUGGGAAGGGAGACAGCAGUAUCCGUUACUUUGAGGUCACAGAGGAACCGCCGUACGUCCAUUACCUCAACACCUUCAGCAGUAAAGAGCCCCAGAGAGGGAUGGGCUUCAUGCCAAAGAGAGGUGUGGAUGUCACCAAAUGUGAGAUUGCACGGUUAUACAAGCUGCUUGACAAAAAGUGUGAGCCCAUCACCAUGACAGUUCCGAGAAAAUCGGACCUCUUCCAGGAUGACUUGUACCCUGACACAGCAGGGCCUGAUCCUUCAAUGGAGCCCGAAGAGUGGUUGGAUGGCCGCGACGAAGACCCUAUCCUGAUCUCCAUGAGGGAAGGCUACAUGCCGGCGAAGAGCCGAGAGCUCAAAGUGGCAAGGAAGAACGUUCUGGACAGACCUACCACCAGACGUAGCAUGUCCACCUUGGACACCAACAACUUGCCUCCUCAGCUGCUUGAGAGGCUACUGGAGGAGAUUCAGAACCUGAAGGCCACAGUUUUGACUCAGGAGAAGCGGAUCUGUGACUUGGAGAAUAAGCUUUCCCAGUACACCAAUGGCACUGCCUGAUGUGCAUGUGAACACAUUGCCUAAAGAACUGGUCUGAAUUUCAGAAUCAUGUUUAUUAUAGAAAUGUGUUUCCACUGCACUGACAAAAACAAAAUCACCCUUCUGAAUACUUUAACCAUUUAGUCUCCUUGAACAUACUCUUAAAUAAUGCAGAUAAUUGAUCACCUGUGUAAAUCAAAGCCAAACCCAGAGGCUUUGUGGUUAUUUCUAUAAAAUUCUAAUCCUAGUUUGAAAUAAUGUAUUGUCAUGGCAAAGGCAAUGCAUUUGUGAAGCUGAAUAGACUGAAAACUGUAGAGCUGUGGGACUGUGCAAUUGAAGGACAUAGGCAAGUCGGAUGUAAGGUUAAAGGUUUGCAAUGUUUACAGCAUUUUCAACAGAAACAAGUGAACACCAGUUUCCAAGCUGGUUUGUUUCUUAAGAUGGUGGUGCAUGUGUAUGCAGCAACUUGGGGGCUCUCGGCUUUUUAAUCUUUUAUUCAUUUUUUUUCCAAAAAAAAAGAGGUGUACCAGGAAGAAAAAUAAAGUUCAAGAGAAGAAAAUACUCCAUCAGCAUGAAAAGAGCGUACACAUGUACUAGACGGUCAGGUAUUACAAAAGACCUCUAUCCAUACAUUUCAAAAUGUAAAUAGUGAUCAAAAGAAACAGGUAAAUAAAGAUGGAACUUUUAGCAAAAUGUCAAAAGAAAAACAUGUUUGUGUUCUGUAAAACAUCACAACAAUAAAAAAUAUGUUUUUUUAA